GGAAUGAUGGGGGACUGUCACUGUGUUGAUUUCGAAGGCGGUCCUCGGAGUGCAGCUGAUGGUGACCCUUCUCACUGCCACCCUCAUGCACAGGCUGGCCCCACACUGCUCUUUUGCUCGCUGGUUGCUGUGUAAUGGCAGUCUCUUUCGGUACAAACACCCAUCUGAGGAGGAGCUUCGGGCCCUGGCAGGGAAACCGAAGCCCAAAGGCAGAAAGGAGAGGUGGACCAAUGGUCUCAGUGAGGAGAAGACAUUGUCGGUGCCCCGAGAUGCCCCAUUCCAGCUAGAGACCUGUCCUCUCACCGCUGUGGAUGCUCUAGUCUUGCGCUUCUUCCUGGAGUACCAGUGGUUCGUGGACUUUGCCGUGUACUCGAGUGGUAUCUACCUGUUCACGGAGGCUUACUACUGUGUGCUGAGCCCAGCCAAGGAAACCAACAUUGCUGUAUUCUGGUGUCUACUCACCGUGGUCUUCUCUGUUAAGAUGUUCCUAACAGUGACCUGGCUAUACUUCAGUGCCAAGGAGGGUGGCGAGCGUUCUGUGUGCCUCAGCUUUGCCUUCCUCUUCCUCUUGCUGGCCAUGCUGGUGCAGGUUGUUUGUGAGGAGACACUGGAGCUGGGCCUGGAGCCAGGCCUGGCCAGCAUGACCCAGAACUUGGAGCCGCUUCUGAAGCAGCAGGGCUGGGAAUGGGCGCUCCCCGUGGCUAAGUUGGCCGUCCGGGUGGGGCUAGCGAUGGCAGGAUCCAUGCUGGGCGCUUUCCUCACCUUCCCUGGUCUGCGGCUGGCCCAGACCCACCGCGAUGCACUGACCCUAUGCAAGGACUGGCCGGUGUUGCAGCUCCUCCUGCACACUAGCUUCCUGUCUCCCGUCUUCAUCCUGUGGCUCUGGAUGAAGCCCGUGGCCCGGGACUUCCUGUACCAGGUGCCCAUGGGCGACACUUCGCUAUCCAUGCUGUCCGACUCGGCCUUUGACUCCCUUCGCCUCUGGGUGCUGGUGGCACUGUGCCUGCUACGGCUGUCUGUGACCCGGCCCCACCUGCAGGCCUACCUGUGUCUGGCCAAGGCCCGCGUGGAGCAGCUGCGGAGGGAGGCCGGCCGCAUUGAGGCCCGCGAGAUCCAGCAGCGGGUUGUCCGGGUCUACUGCUACGUGACGGUGGUGAGCCUGCAGUACCUGACGCCGAUCAUUCUCACACUGCACUGCACACUGCUGCUCAAGACACUGGGUGGUUACUCUUGGGGCCUGGGCCUUACAUCUUCACUGCCCCUAACCCCGACCUCGGCCAGUGCUGUACCUGUUAGUUCUGGACAGGAUGAGGCCCAGCAGACAGCGGCUCAGAUCACAGGGGCUCUGGGCAGCCUGCUGGCGCCCCUCUUCCUCCGAGGCGUGCUUUCCUACCUCAUCUGGUGGACCGCUGCCUGCCAGCUGCUCUCCAGCCUCUUCGGCCUCUACUUCCAUGAACACCUGACAGGCUCCUAGCUGCCACCAACUCUCCUGGAGCCCUGGCCACUGGACAUGGCCUGCUCUGUAUAUGCCUCAGUGGUCCCAGCUGAGCUGAGGGCUGGGACUUGCUGUCACCCUCUGGAUCCCCUUCACUCCUGUGCCUGGGCAAUGAACCUCUUGAAACCUAAUCCCAUGGGCUGUGAGGCAGGACUGCAAGAAGCCACAGUCCCUGUGUGUAUGUCUGUGUGCGCGUAGGUAGGUGGGGGUUGAGUGGCAGGCCGCUCUCCCUAAUCAGUAAAGGACCUGGCACUGUU